CCCCGCCGCCCCCGUUCCCCGCCGCCCCCAGCGCUCCCUGCCGGCGGGGCCGCCCCAGGGUCUGCCGCACGUAAACGGCCGCAUCCCCCGCGGGGCUGGGGCGGGGGGGAUCGGGCCUUUCUUCCCUUCCCCGGGGGCCGCCUGACGAUCGGGGGGCGGCCGGGCGGGCAGGGCACGGGGGCCGGGUAGAGGGAAGGCGGCCGGGACAGCCCGGUCCGGCUGAUGUUGGCUUUCCCCCCCCGCGGCAGGCUCAGCCCGGGCUCCGGCAGGCUGGUGGCGGCGAUCGGGACUCAGGGGGGGGCCCCCCGGGCUCCUUUCACCUUCCCUCCCUCCGCGGCGGGCGGCGCUGGAGGAUUUUCUCCCGCUGCGGCCCCCUCGCUGCCCCCCAGACAUGGUAGGUCACCUACAGCUGCAAGGGAUGGACGAGAGUCUGAAGGAGAAGAGCCGGGAAGGCUUGCUGGACAGCCCGGACUCGGGGCUGCCCCCCAGCCCCAGCCCCCCUUUCUACUCCCUCUCGCCUGGCGAGGGCCGAGCAGGGGGCAGCAGCGGCACGGAGCCCCCGGCCCCGGGGCACCGUCGAGAGGCCAAGGACGGCAAAGUGAUGCCUUACCUGCUCCUGAACCCAUCCGUGCCGGAGAUGCGGCCUCGAAUGUACCCUGUGUUUUUUGGAGAAAGCAUUGAGGUCAGCCCUGAGCCCGUGCAGGAAAUCAGGUGCAAUUCUGAGGUGAAGUAUGACUCUGAGAAGCAUUACCGGGAUGAUAUCUUCUACGGCCCCAUCCCCACUGUCACCACCUACAGCGAGACAGUUAUUGCUGCUCCCAAUUGCACCUGGCGGAACUACAAGUCCCAGCUGAUCUUUGAGCCCCGCCAGAAGCCACUGAGGUUUCAGAGCACAACCAUCAUUUUUCCUAAGCGUGCCAAGAACAUUUACCGGACCACCCUCAACUACAGCUUGGGUUGUGCCAAGCGUUGGUUUGCUUCCAGCGUGCAGCUGGAACUCUGCGAGGAAACCAGCCCGUGCGUCAUCUACAGCGAGACCCUCUGAUCCACCCUGCCGCUGGCAACCUUGUGACCUCAAGGAGGUUGUGGCCUUUGCUGGUCUCUGGCUGGGCUCUCAUUGAUGGCAACUGAAUAUUAAUGGCUGGAGAACACGUCGUCUUGGGUGAGGCUGAACUGGCUGGGAGGAGGCUUGCAGGGCACAGGAUGGUUUUGAUCAGUGAAAGGCUGGCUUGUAUUUUGCGACGUUCCUGACAUUCAUGAUCUGGAUUUUAUUUUUGUUUUUUUCCAAGCAUAUCUAUUUUUGACUUGUGUUUAGAUGAAAUCAGGAUGACAAAGGACGCUAUUACCCUUAGCAGAGUGCUGCCUUCUAAGCUCUGUAGGUCUUGUCUAGCACAUAGGUGAGACUCGCUGUAACCUUCAGAGCUAUUUCAAUCUCUGCAAAGGGAAGACCAACUAUGGAGUCAGUGUCCAGCCUGCCCAGCACACACCAAACCAGGUCUCUGAGAGUUUAAAUGCAGAGGCAGUGGUUAUUUGUUAUCAAUACAUCACAUCUUACUCCAACAGCUCGUCUGGGAGAUAGCUGCAAUAUCACACCACUGCAGUAACCUCAGGCCUAACUUACUGGGAGGAGUGGGGAUUGUCAGCAAGAAAAAGAGGAAGAAAACAGGUGCACGGUGCUCUUGCUAGCAGCUAGAUGUUUACAUACCACAGCAAGGCACAGCACAACCAGGAGAUGGGAGAAAUGCAUGGCCACCUCUUCUGUAUGCAGGCGAGACAGAGGAAACAAUAGCUGAAGGGCUGUUUUCUAAAAGUAUCCAAGCAAUUUAGGAGCCUGGUGCCCUUUUUCAAAAGCACUGUCAGCCCAAGCAUGCCAUGCUGUUUGUUGUAUCUAACGCCCUAUUUACAGGGAUCUUUACACACACACAACCCUUUUGACUUUCAGGGUACAGCUGUGUUGCAGCAAGGAGUGUAGUACAGGAAGAUGCUGUCUGGCUUCAAAGAAGCCAGUGCAGAAACUCGUGAGCAAGGUUGCUCACCUUCUCAAUAGUUUCCAUACCUGUGGCAUGGACAGCUUCACUGACUGGAGGAGCAGCCAGACUUUCUCGGUGUAGAGCUUGAAGUAUUGUAGAGCCCAAAUCAGUGCAGGUUUUUCUUAAUCAGCCAGGGUGUAGCAAUUCAACAGGUACUUCACAAACAGUUGAGCUGUCUCUGCAACAGGAUCAAGAAACAUAGAGCAGGAGUCACUGCAACCAUCCUAAGGUAAACCAUUCGCCACUCGUGAAUCACAUCUCCUGGUAUCUCUUCACUUUAGUAGCUUGCAGAAAAUCUGCAAGAGUGUGGAUUCCUACAAACAUAAACUUUGAAAAAUGGCAUGGAAUUGUCUCCAGAAAUCUUACCAAGAAUUUUUGCAUGCUGCUCAGAAGAGCCCAGACUUAGAAAAUAACCACACAGCUCCGGAAAUUAAUUUCCAGCUUUCCCUCUUCUAAACUUUCCAUUUUGUUCCUGACUUGCUGUGAGUCUGAUUGAGUUAUUUCAGAACACAACUGAGCAGCCAAGUCAGAAAACCUAUUAACAAUGUCAACAAGACGUAGCUGAUUGCUCAGAACAGUUGACGCACAAGCCCACAGAGAUUAAAAAAAAAAAAUCUGACAAUCUUAAAAAAAAGUAAAAAUUAAAUAGUGACUUUUAAAGAUACUUUUUCCGUCACUUUCAAAAGGCAAUUGGUAAAUGUGACCAGGAUUGUGACCUUUAUGAAACAGAGUUCUCUUGUUUAAAAUGAAGCACAAUUUUUCCACCAGAGGUAAAUAUAAGGUCUUUAUAUACAAACUUAAAUCCUGACAGCUGAAGCAUCAGCCGUACUGAAAGAUGUGUGCUAUGGCAGUGAUGAACUCUGCCUCUCUGGGAAUUAGGACUUGGUUGGGAGAAAUCUCUCAAAGGAUUUCCAAGGCUUCCACCUACUGUUGAAUUCUUUUCAGCAACACAGAGACAAGGAUUAUAUUUGUCAUUGGUCAGAUUUUUACUGUCACUGACUGUCAGCAUCAGAACCUGGAAAAGCAACAUCUGCCUCUGAAGGGAUUAUUAUGCCUGAAGCAACCCUUCUCCCCAGAGCUUCCAGCAAACAUGAGUGCUGCGGAGUUAGCUUAGACAGCAGGGCAGCUGAAGCUAGGAUGAAUAAGGUGCCGGUGCAAUGCAAGGUGGUGAUUGACCAUCUUGAGGUCUAUCCCAUUUUGCCAAGUGCUGGUGAGUGAGCCUUGUGGAAAUACUCAUCUGCUUUCCUGGGUACAUCGUGAAGGCUCUGGAGUGCUCUUUCCAUGCACCUGUGAGAGUCUGUAGCAAAGGGGGUAGGUUUCUGAGCUGAGGAAUGGUGUAUCCAGGUUCAAAAGCAAGGCCAAUACUCACACCCAGGAGAUCCCUGCAUGAUGACAGAUUAGAUUGCAGGCACCUCUACUGAGCAAGCAUGGAUACAGGCUGACCUCCAAGCCGAAGGGAUGCCAGAGACUCCUUGUUCUGACCAGGCAUCAGGCUUUUCUCCUGUUAACAGUUGGAUUAUUCUCCUGCUGCAAGCACAAAGCUGCAGUUUUUGAUCACGCUGGUCUCUGAGCAGGACAGGUUUUCCCCAGAAAAUCUUUUAUCAUGGCCAGCUGCAGGCUUCUGCCCACUUUGUCCACUGUUAGUUCUGCAUCCCAAGUGUUGGCUGCAACAGGAAAAAAAAGAAUUUUAAAAAAGCCAGAAAACUGAUGUGUGAAUAGGAAUCCAGUGGAGAGACCUGAACCACAGCCUGGUCUUUGACCAUGCAGGGACAGG